UUGGCCGGAAUUCAGUGCAAAGAAUUUGAGAGCAACUCAACGUUCUUGAAGUGUACGUCCGGUCGGCGCCUGUCUAUCAAACCUGAAAAGGCGCCCCAAUUAUCGUCGGACACAACGGUGCGAUUGUUCAUAGACUCGGAAUCGCUGGUCAUUAACCAGAAUAAGACAAUUCAUAAGCCGUUUGGCUCUAACCAACCGGCGCUCAAAAGCGACAAGAGCGGCGACUCAUGGAUGCCGGCCAUGGAUUGGAGCGAAUACUUCGAGUACAGACCCGAUCCAGUGAUUACCGCAUUUGGUCCCAACUCGACCAUCAAGUCGGGCGACACCAACAUUACUGUCACCGGAGUUAACCUAAACUCCGUGGCCAACCCUCGACUCCGAGUGGUUGCUUACAGCGGCACCAGUAAUCAGCGCCGCUAUCAACUGGACGGUCAGUGUUGGGCAGACCCUACCGGGGCUCGUAUGACGUGUCAGACACCGGACUUUAACCGCACUGAUCCACCCCUGGAUGUCAUUGUCUCGAAGGACACUAAACUGAGUUUCAUUAUGGAUGGAGUGGUGAACAGU